AAGAUUCUGGGAGUUUUCCAUUGGCGCGCUAACCAGAACACAACAACGGAGCUGCCAUGGAUGAUCACCCGAAACAGAAUACAGAACGGCUCCGGAAGAAGAAGAAGAAUAAGAUAUCACUUGAAGACUACCUCGAUUUCUUCUCCUCUAAGAAGCAAAAUUUCCUUGCCGUCAAUUUUCUGAGUCAGAUCAUUCGCAUGCACGGCUACAUGAACAUCAAAGGUACGAAGAAUGUAUUGACGGAUGCCGUAAACACUAUUGAUCUGAUCAAUCUCUCUCGUUCCACACUCAAAGAGAGCAUCUCAUCCUCUGCGACCAUUCCGCUUGAGGCCGUAAUUUCGGACCUUGAAAACCUCGAAUGGCAAGAAUGCUGUGUAACAUCAGUUCUGAAUUUCAAUUCCUGGAAACAAAAUAACUCCGAUCCGAGUCCAGACCACCAGAAGCCGACUUGUGCUUCAAAGAAGCCAGAAAAGAAAUUACGACUACCGAUAGAAUGUCCUGGUGAAGAAAUCGAAGCAAUUGAUGGAGUUUCCUCGUCUUCUGCCUCGAAGAAGCCGGGAAGUAUAUUAGAACCUCAGAGUAAAAGAAAGAAAACAGCUGCUUAAAGUGGUGAGAAAAUUGGUUCACUUCA